CUCAUCUUUCUCUGUCUCUCUCUGUCUCUUUCUUUCUCUCUCUAGGAUCAUAAGUAGAAACACCCAGAAGAUUUGAAAGAAGGUACGAUUGUCAUGGCGUCGAUGAUAGAUAACUCAUGUGAAGGGAUAUUAUUAUCACUAGAGUCCCACAAAUCAAUGCCUGCUCCUUUCCUCACUAAAACCUACCAAUUGGUUGAUGAUCCUUCAACUGAUCAUAUUGUUUCAUGGGGUGAAGACGACGCAACCUUCGUUGUCUGGCGGCCGCCGGAAUUCGCUCGUGAUCUUCUUCCGAAUUACUUCAAACACAACAACUUCUCGUCCUUCGUUCGCCAACUCAACACCUAUGGUUUUCGAAAAAUCGUUCCAGACAGAUGGGAGUUUGCGAAUGAGUUCUUCAAGAAAGGAGAAAAACAUAUGUUGUGUGAGAUCCACCGCCGGAAAACAUCACAACCACACGUUGGGCUAAACCAUCACCAUUUCACGGGCAUUAACGGAGGAGGAAAUGCUUUCUUUUCUUAUCCAUCUAUACGUGACAGCAUCUCCCCACCAAACUCCGACGACCACCUAUACUGUGACUCCCCACCACCUCUCUCUUCACCAACCACCACCGCCUCCGCAACAACAGCAGCUACGUUGUUCGGGAUCUUUCCAAACAACAGUAUUUCUAGCAACAUUAGAGGUAACUCCGUGACAGCGUUAUCAGAGGAUAACGAGAGGCUUCGGAGAAGCAAUAACAUGCUGAUGUCCGAACUUGCACACAUGCGAAAGCUUUACAACGAUGUUAUCUACUUCGUACAAAACCACGUGAAACCGGUGACACCAAGUAACACAUACCCUUCAUCUCUUCUCUUACCUUCAACAAACAACCCAUUAAUGGUGCAAAAGCAGCAGCAAACGACGUCUUUUUUCAAUAACGCGAAUGCAACGGUUGUGUACCCUAGUCAACCUCAUCAGCUGGAGCUUUAUGAUUCGACAAUCAGAAACAUUGUAAGAGAUCAAGAUACAGUAAACAACGCUGCAAGAACGAAGCUUUUUGGAGUUCCGUUGUCAAAGAAGAGAGUGCACCCAGAGUACGGGAGUGCUAAUACAAUGGUGGAGACUCACAAGGCAAGAUUGAUUCUUGAAAAGGAUGAUUUAGGGUUGAAACUCAUGCCUCCUUCUCCUUGUUGAUUGUUAAUUUUUUUCUUACUUUUUGGAACUUAUAAAGUUCAUUAGACUGUUUUUAGUAACUAAUCAAACCCAGUUAUUCGUUAGUUUAUCUGGUCG